AUGUUCAGAUAUCAGCACCAGUUUUUCGGUACUGUUAAGCCUAAACUUAACUUUGACGCAACCAAAGAAGCGGAAAGCUUACACACAGCUAUGAAAGGUUUCGGAUGUAAUAAACAUAGUAUACUUAGAGAAAUUACUGCUAUGAAUAAUGACGAUCGACAAGCGACUGCUUUACAAUACAAAUCGAUGUUCGGUGAAGAUCUGAUUGAUCGCUUGAAAAGUGAACUUCACGGAGAUUUUGAAGAAGUCAUCGUGGCUUUGAUGACGCCUGAAGUAGAAUAUGAUGUCCGACAACUUCAUCAUGCUAUAUCUGGAAUCGGUACGAAAGAGAAAAUACUAAUUGAGAUAUUAUGCUCAAGAACAAACGAGCAAAUUCAUAUGAUCAAUAAUACCUAUCAAGAAUUUUAUGGGGAAUCUCUGGAAGAUGCGAUUAAAAGCGACACAAGUGGAGAUUUUGAAAAUCUUUUAGUUGCAUUAGUGCAAGGAAAUCGCGAUGAAUCAAUGGCAGUGGAUAACUUGAAAGCAAAUCAAGAUGCACAUGAGCUUGAAGAGGCUGGGGAGAAGCAGUGGGGCACGGAUGAGUCAGUGUUCAUCAAAAUUUUGGUUUCUCAAAAUUUUUCGCAACUUCAACGAGUUCUACAUGAUUAUGAGCAAAUUACUGGCCACAGUAUCCAAGAAGCUAUUAUGAAUGAAUUUAGCGGUGAUAUGAAGGAUGGAUUGUUAACAUUGGUGAAAAAUAUUAGAAAUCAGCCAGCGUAUUUUGCUUAUGAGCUGCAUGAGGCGAUGAAAGGUUUCGGGACACGAGAUAGUGAUUUGAUUCGUAUUGUUGUUUCUCGAUCCGAAAUUGAUUUGGCACUCAUUCGACAGGAAUAUGAAGAAAGUUACGGCAAAUCGCUUGAAGACAGUAUCAAAUCCGAUUGCUCCGGUGCUUACUGUGACACGCUUGUUGCUAUUGUUCAAGGAAAUUGA